GACGCAGCUGCAGCGCCGCAGUUCACGGCCAAACCCCAAGCGGACACUUUGUUUUUAUCCGUCUUUCCUCUCCGACUCCGCCACGCUGAAACCUCAGCCUGUUGCACACUGUGUCUGUGGUGGGUGAGUUCACUUUGUCUCUGUCUGUCGCGCUGGGAGCAUGGCUGCCAUCAAGGCUUUGGAGCAAUGGUGUAAAAUACAAUGUGAUGGCUACCGAGAUGUGGCCAUCACCAACAUGACGACUUCUUUCAAGAACGGAAUGGCUUUCUGUGCGCUCAUACACAAGUACAGACCGGACCUGAUAGACUAUGACUCACUCAGAGAGGAGGAUGUGUUUGAGAACAACAGGCUGGCUUUUCAGAUUGCAGAGGAGAAGUUAGGGAUCCCUGCUUUGUUAGAUGCAGAAGACAUGGUGGCUUUAAGGAUCCCAGACAGGCUGAGCAUUCUCACCUAUGUCUCCCAGUACUACAACUACUUCAAAGGACGACCUCCCAGUGUGAAAAGGCCAGCAGAGGGCUCCAAGGAGGAGCCAUCAGAGAAGAAAAAUCUCCCAGUGGUUGCCAAAACCUUUGUGUCUAAAACUGCCAUUGAGAAUCGUUUACCUUCCACUGUCACUGCUCAGUCCUCACACAAGUUGGCCAGAGCUGCGGUUCAGAAGGCAGUUCUUGCAGAAAACGCCAACAAAAAUGGGACUCUCAAUAGCAAAUGUGUUGCAUGUAAGAGCCACGUUCAUCUGGUUCAGAGGCACUUUGUCGAAGGCAAGCUCUAUCACAGAAGCUGUUUCAAAUGCAGUGAAUGCUCAAGCGUGCUUCAUGCAGGAGGUUACAAACCUGGGAAGAGUCCAGACACUUUUAUCUGUAACGCCCACCAGAACAGUUGCAAACCAUCCUCCUCUGAGGCCGGGAUCAGAAACGGACCCGCCAGUUCAGCUGGGCGUUUAAAUGGUGCCAGCCAGACCCAGCAUGCACCACGCCCUUCUUCUGUGCUGUCAGCCCCACUGAAUAUUGUCCUGAAGCCAGUCAGUCCUGCUCCACCUUCCCACUCCUGGACAGCCUCAGCCCAGAAGACACAGACGGCCCGGCAGAGGUUUUUCCAGGCUGCACCACCAGUAACAGGGGCCUCAAUAGGUAACAGGAAGCCCACAGAGACCUCAAGUGUUUUAGGAAGGCCAAAGGUCCCUCUGAGUCCUGAUGAUGAGAAGAGCAGAGCCAGGUCAACCAUUGGAAAGAAAUUGGCAGAGGAAAACUGCAACAAUAACAACAAACGUCCGUUCACCAUCCGAGCAGCAGAGAAACGGUUUGGAAAUGAGCCAAGUUCAGCUGACAGCCCCAGUUUGAGUAAAGAUAAAUGCAGCCAAGGCCCAGCAGGAAACUGGGCAGGACAGCCCUCCACCAGCCAGACAAACAAUAAGGAACCGCCAUGUCUGAAAGCCAUCAACAAAGACAACACAAGGCCAACAACUGUACACACAACUGCCAAAAAUCUUUUGUCUGCAGAUCCAGUCUAUGCGGGACAAUUGGGGAAAAUCGAGCUGGGUUUAAAAGAUGCUGCAACUGGAGCCUCUACUGAGCAACAUAAGCCUGGAUUCACGUCCACAGCUUCCUCUAAUGUCCCCAUGAGUACCGCAAGGCCUCGCUCGGCUCCAACUCCUGCAGCACCUCCAGUUAGUUUUGCUCUUUUUGAUCCUGCACACUUCAGAAGGGAAGUGUCUCCCCAGAAACCUCUGCCCAGCUCUGGAAACCCUGGGUUUAAACAUGGGAGUCACUCGCCUGUGAAAUCCCCACCCAGGCGGCCAGCUGUGGAAUCUAUUAGCUCUUCAACAACUGCUCCAGCCAAUCACGGAAAUCCGUCAGGUGCUAAAAAGGGAAAGUAUUUGUCACCCACCAACGCCUCCAGGACUGAAAUGAGGUCACCCUCUGUGAAGUCUUAUCAUAUUCCAGUGGAGCAGAUUGAGAGGGACCUGAAUGAUAUUGAGACAAACGUGUCUCAGUUGGAAAAGGAAGGUGUGGAGCUGGAAAAGAAACUCCGCAGCUGUGAGGAAGAGGGCGAGGGAGACAUAUUGAUGGAUCCACUGAUGGUCGACUGGUUCAACCUGAUUCGAAAGAAGCAGAUGUACAUCAGGAAGGAGUCAGAGCUCGUAUACAUAGCCAGGACUCAGGAGCUGGAGCAGCAGCAGCCAGGUGUGGAGGGGGAACUUCGCAGGCUACUGGAGAAGCCAGAUCAUUUAAAGUCCAGAGAAGAGCAGCAGCGGGAGAAGAAGUUGAUGCAGAGACUGAUGGAGAUUGUGGACGGCAGAAAUGCGAUAGUGGAGGGUCUGGAUGAAGACAGACUGAGGGAAGUGGAGGAGGAUCAGCAGUUGAAUGAAAUGAUGAAAAAUCUUGGAGUAAAAAAAGCCAAAAAUAAGAGGAAAUCUUCCAUCUCAAAACUGUUCAGGCGGAGAAGUAAAAGACGAGUGGAAUGAUCUUUAAGGCAUUUUUUUUUUACUAAACCUACAUUAUUGUGUUACUAUCACCCCCUUUAAAAUGUUCUACGUUUCUUUUGUUCAAGUACUGCUGUCCAUGUUGUUCUAAUGAGAAGGCAAAUGAAGAUAUUUCAACAUUCACCUUCACUUCACUGUUUGUGUUUCUUAAGUUAUUUUGAAAUGCUCAGUUCACUUUAUAAUUCAAUAUUUGUUUUUUUUCCACAAUGGGUGUCCUGUUUCUUCAAAAUUGUUUUUCACAAUAAAAAACCCAACAGCAAAUAUUUAACCAAUGUUUAUCAUACUUCAGUGGAGAAGAGUCAAAAGAAUAAAAAACCUUCAGUCACAGAUAUGUUUGUUAAUUUAAGAUUAUUUAUUGAAUGUUUAUUGAAUGGAAUAGGGUAUCUAAUAAUUUUACUUGCACUGGGUCAAAAAAAUUGGUUGUUACGUGUUAAAAAGACAAGCUAUCAUGAUUUUCAAAUUACAGAAUGAACACUGGCUGUUUCACAUGCAAAUAGGAAUGAGAAUAAACGUGUAAUCCUUCAAUAGCCUUGAUCCCAAAUGAAAUUAUUUCAGUAUUUAUUUAAUAAUGGAUUUUAACAAAUUUCCUGUAAGGAUAUUAGCAGGAGAAAAAGCCUUGACAAUUAAGUUUGAAUGGCUGUGGAGUGUAAAAUGGAGAGCCACACAUGUUGAGCUGCCUUGUUGCAGACUGCAGUUCCACUCUCACACUGUACUGUAGGUGGCAGCCUGGGUAUGCUGUAUCACAAGGCAAGAACUUGGAAAUCCAAUUUGCCACAGUGCAGACAGUUAAUUUCUUUGCUAAUUUUAUAAAUGCUGCAAAAAUGUUCAGCUGUGCUGAUGCAAUAAUGUUAUGUGAAAGAGGAUUAGGUAGAGCAGUAGCUUAUGGCCGGGGAAGGCUUAUAAACUAUAGGUUGUAUUGAGCUCUUUAUCUUCAAACCGGGUUUAAUUAAACAUUACUCUUUACUAAUAUCUGCAUCAGAAAUGCUCCAUACCUGAGCUAUUAAAAUGUUCAAGCGAUGUGUGGAGUCACUCAUGUGUGAAAAUGGCAUUCGCAGUGUUUGUGAGGAAUGUACUAUAAUGUUGCAUUUUAAGUGUUAUUGAAUGGUAUGCACUUGUACUCUAUUUAUAGUAUUUUUAAACUUGAAAUCUGUAGUCCAAUAAAUCCUUUGAAGAUUA